AUGCAAAACAAUCCAACCCCAAAGGGAGGGGGUGAACCUGUGGUAGCGCAAAACGCUACUACCCAUGCUACACCCGCUGCUGCCGAAUCUGUCAAAACUGACUCUGCAAACAAACCUGCACCUAACGAGUCCAUGAAUCCCCAAACCACCUAUUGCGGUCUAUUGGCCAUAGUGGGGCGACCCAAUGUGGGUAAAUCCACGCUGCUUAAUGCGCUGGUCGGACAAAAGGUCAGUAUAACCUCACGCAAGGCGCAAACCACACGCCACCGCAUUUUGGGUAUUCGGACCCAAGGCGACGCGCAAUACGUUUUUGUUGAUACUCCGGGCUUUCAAACGGAGCAUAGCAAUGCCUUGAACAAAAACCUUAAUAAAACUGUGAUGGCGGCAUUAUCUGAUGUGGACGCCACCCUUAUGGUGGUGGAGGCUGGGGUUUUUACGCUGGCUGAUGCCAAAGUCCUGAGCUUGCUUGAUGAUAAAAAGCCAGUGAUUCUGGUAGCCAAUAAAGUGGAUAAGAUGCACAAUAAAGAAGAGCUACUGCCUUGGCUCAAGAGCAUGCAAGAGCGCUUUGCCUUUGCCCAGAUGGUGCCCCUUAGCGCCAAAAACCCCAAAGAUAUAGAAAGACUUUUGCAAAUUUGUCGCCCCUAUCUUCCUGCUGGCCCAUUUUGGUACAGUCCCGAGGAGCUCACUGACAAAAGCGAGCGCUUUUUGGUGGCAGAGAUGGUGCGCGAGAAGCUUUUUAGGCUCACUGGCGAUGAAUUGCCAUAUUCGUGUACUGUAGUUGUAGACAAAUUUGACGAAGAAGCAUCAACGAGCGAC